ACAUAGUCGUAGGUCAUGCUUUGAAUAUUUGCCGCACAAACGAAUCCUAGUGCAGUGUUCUUUUCAAAAUUAAUGUUGCUCUUCGUCGGAGACCGUCCGUAAAUCUCUGUUUCUACAAGUUUAUAACGAAGAUAUUUACAAUGUCCGUAUUUAACGCACGGCAGUUCUUGGAUGCAUUGUAUAGACGUUACAUAAUUUCACUGCCAUCGAUAAAUUUAUCUAGAACACAAAAAAUUUUUAUUAUAUGUUUAACUGGAGGAUCAUUGCUACUGGGAGGCCUGGCACAGUUUUUGAAGAGACGGAGAAGACAUCCUCUUCCUCCUUCAAGGAGACCCUUGAGGGACUUAAAGCAAAGAUUUGCUAAUGCAAAGAAUUCUAACUUUGAUGCAGUUUCGCAAGCAUCAUGGGCAAGAAGAAGCGAAGCAAGCAGUAGGAGUCAUAUAAGCGAUCGAGUAUCGCUUAUAUCCUCUGUUCCAGGGGGUCCAGAUGGAGAUGUUAAACUCACUCCACAACAGUUUGGUGUUCUUGGCCUGGAGGCGCUGGAAAAAGCACUCUACUGCUGGGAGGAUGCCCUGACGGCGUUCAGCUCUUCGCUCAGCAAUGACACGCUCGCAUUACCAUCGAAGGCGGACGCGGCGUUCACGCACGAUGUCCAGGAGCUCCUUGACAUGGGUUAUCAAAUCCAGACCCAGGCGGAACUGCUCUUUAUCGACCAGCAGUCGGUCUUGUUCCGCAACGACAGCGAGGAGAGCCUGGACAGCCGCAAACCGUCUCACAUCGGCAGCCGGAUAUCCGGGAAAGAUAAAGCGGAUGCCGCGUCUUCGCCGGAGUCGUUCGAAUCCGCCCGGGACGGUGUGGCAGACUUGCGGGAAUUCGAGGAGUUCUCCGAGUUCUUCCCGCACAUCGAGAAACAGAAGCUCUACCACACCGCGCUGAGGCAUCACGAAGACAAAACAAUUCAGUGCAGGCGGCUGCACACGGAAUUGGUGAAAUGCGGCUCGGACGUUGAGUAUUUAGCGAAAGUGCACUGCUUGCGGCAAGCAUACACGAAAUUGUUCACUAUACCGACCGCGACGGUGUGGAUCGCCGAUAUCGGCCGACAAGUGAUUAGUGAUUUGAUCAUGUAUGCAGACAGGGAUCCGAAGGAUUACUUGGUACAUUACGAACGGAUGAUGGACUUCUUGCAAGAGCCAACCAACCACAGUAUCAUGGAGGAGGAGCUGGCGGGGAGGGGCGUGAAGUGCAUGAACUUCUACGACAUUCUUAUUGACUUUAUCCUCCUGGACGCGUUCGAAGAAGUCGAGAAACCGCCAUCAUCGAUCAAAGCUAUUUUACAGAACAGAUGGAUAUCCGCCAGUUUCCGUGAAACUGCUAUCGGGACAGCCGUUUGGUCGGUUCUUGUCGGCAAAAGGCAAAUGUUGAAGUAUGAUAAAGGAUUCUUGGCACACUUUUAUUCCAUAUCUGAACAAAUCACCCCGGUGCUUGUCUGGGGCUUCUUGGGUCCGGAAGGCAGUCUACGUUCCACUUGCCACUAUUUCAGGGAUCAGGUUGUUGAAUUCCUCGUAGAUGUAUUUAAUUUGUUUAAAGUAAGGUACACCUGCGUGGACAACCUCGCUGAAGACAUUCUCAGGGAAAUGAAGGUGAGGGUCGAGAAUAUAAAUCAAAGACUUUCAUUGGAGGGCUGUUAAUCGAGCAUAGGCGAAUAUAUUGUCGUCGUUAUACUGUCGUCUGUUUACUGUUACACAUGGAAUUAAUCGUCGAAUCUGAAAUUACCCCAAAUGCUAUACAAGAAUGCUGUUGGCUUCAUUUUGUUGAUACGCCUGCAGACAUUUCUUUAUUUGAAUAAUAUUGUAAAUAAGUCUAUUAUUUUGAUGAUGGUUUGAACUAUCAUUUGUUGUGGUCCACCCAAAUAUCUCCUUUAUUUAAAAUAAUUUAAUUGACAGAUGACAUUGUCCGCAGUAUUACUAAAUGUAUAUCGAAAUGUACAUUGAUACUUCAUAAAUAAUAAUAGAAACUAUCCGGUUUCGUUAAGCUUUCGUUUAAAAAUUAAUUUUUAACUUCUUACAUUGUUAGAAUUGAAGGAGAUAUUUAGGUAAGUCACACUGUAUGUAACAUUGAUAUGAUGUCGAUUUAAAACGAUCAAAAAAUAAUUUAAGCAUAAUUAUUUAUAA